CGGCGGGCUUUGCGCGCGGGGCGGUGGGAAGACUCCAAGUCCCGGCAGGCUUUGCGCGGGGCGCGGCGGGGCGGGGCCUGGCGUGGGCCGCAGGCGAUGGCAGCAUGGCGCAGCAGGCCGCGUCCCCCGCUACGGCAGCAGCCGCCGAAGCAGCGGCCCCGGUGCCCCCCCGGCUCGCCGCGGGGGCCGGGGGGGGGCUGGCGAGCCGCUUCCUGGCGCUGGAGCUGGAGCUGAGCGCGCGGCUGGAGGCGCUGGCGGUGGGCGAGCCCGUGAGCCACGUGUACCGGCCGCUGCGCUACGCCUGGCGGCCCCACCGCCGCUUCGUGCGCCGCUACUGCCGCGCCGCCAAGCGCGUCCUCUUCCUCGGCAUGAACCCCGGCCCCUUCGGCAUGGGCCAGACCGGGGUGCCCUUCGGCGACGCGUGGCACGUGCGCGAGUGGCUGCGGGUGACGGGCCGGGUGGAGAAGCCGCCGGCGGAGCACCCCAAGCGCCCGGUGCUGGGCCUGGCGUGCCGGCGGGCCGAGGUGAGCGGCGCCCGUUUCUGGGGCCUGGUGCGGAGCCUCUGCGCGGAGCCGCGGCGUUUCUUCCGCCACUGCUUCGUGCACAACCACUGCCCGCUGCUUUUCGUGGCCCGCAGCGGGCGCAACGUGACGCCGGCCGAGCUGCCGCCGGCGCAGCGGGCCGGGCUGCUGGGCGCCUGCGACGAGGCGCUGGCGCGGGCCGUGGAGCUGCUGGGCGUGGGGCUGGUGGUGGGCGUGGGGCGCUUCGCCGAGCGCCGGGCUCGCCGGGCGCUGGCGGCCGCCGGGCUGGCGGUGCGCGUCGAGGGGCUGCCGCACCCCUCGCCCCGCAGCGCCCGCGCCAACGCCGGCUGGCAGCAGCUGGCCAAGGCCCGCCUGGGCGAGCUGGGCGUGCUGCAGCUCUUCGAGGAGUGAGCGGCCCCCCCAGGACCCUCCCCCCCUGGUGCCACGCCGGGGUGGGGGGCCCUGGGGUGCAGGGCCCUGCCUCGGUUUCCCCUGUGCACAGGGAGGUGCUGGCAGCGGGGCGCAAGGGACGGGUCCGUGCCUCGGUUUCCCCUCCUGGGAGUGGGUCGGGGUCCAUUUUGGGGACAGGGGACAGGUCCGUGCCUCAGUUUCCCCUGCCGGGGGGUGGG